AUGGCGAAGCGCCCUCGCAAUUUCCGGGCGGUCCGGUCCAACUCCUUCGAGUCCUACCUCCGGCGGCUCAUCUCCGAGGGCGGGCUCGCCGCCCCGGGCUGCUCCGCCGACGACGUGGCCGGCGCGCUCCGCGCUCGCCACCCGGACCUGCGCCGCAAGCAGUUCGCGCCGCUCGUGGCCGCCGUCCGCCGCGCGCUCCUCUCCCUGCCCCCUCCCGCGCCCGCCGACGCCUCCGACUCCGACUCCGACAUGGACUCUUCCCCCUCCUCCCGCCGCUCCCGCCGCCACGACACCUCCUCGUCCUCCACCUCGUACUCCGAGCACGGCGACGACGGCGGCGCACGCCCGCCCUCGCCGCCCCCCGCCUUCGACGUCACCAAGGACAUGCUCCGCACGCGCUACGCCACCCUCACGCCGAAGAAGGACCCCGCCGCCGCCGCUGCCGGCCAGCAGCUCGAGAUCGAGGUCAGCACGGAGAAGCCCCGCCGGCGCAUCACUUCGGAUGGCGGCGGCGAGCAGGAGGCGGCGGCGGCCAGCGAAGGGGGCGGCGGCGGAGGGGGGAAGGGGCCGAGGUUUGCUGACCUCGGCGGGAUGGAGGCCGUGAUCGCCGAGCUCAUGAUGGAGGUGGUGGUCCCGCUCUGCCACCCCGAGCUGCCGCAGCGGCUCGGGGUUAGGCCCGUGGCUGGGAUUCUGCUGCACGGGCCGCCUGGCUGCGGGAAAACCACCCUCGCCCACGCCAUCGCCAACGAGACUGGCGUGCCGUUCUACAAGAUAUCAGCGCCGGAAGUCGUGUCUGGGGUCUCUGGAGCUUCUGAGGAAAACAUCAGAGUCUUGUUUAAGAAGGCAUACAGAACUGCUCCCUCAAUUGUGUUUAUAGAUGAGAUAGAUGCGAUUGCGUCCAAGAGGGAGAAUUUGCAACGAGAAAUGGAACGACGGAUAGUUACACAGUUAAUGACUUGCAUGGAUGAAUUCCACCAGAAUGUUGGAUCGGAUGGUGGUGACUUGGACUCACAAUCAUCUGAAAGGAAGCCUGGCUAUGUUAUUGUGAUUGGAGCUACCAAUAGACCUGAUGCUGUUGACCAAGCACUUCGGAGACCAGGGAGAUUUGAUCGAGAGAUAUCUCUUGGUGUUCCAGAUGAGCAUGCACGGAAACAGAUUCUGACGAUGCUUACUCAGAACCUUACACUGGAGGCAGAUGGCCGAUUUGACCUCUUCAAGAUAGCAAGGGCCACACCAGGAUUUGUUGGCGCGGACCUGAAGGCAUUAGUAGAUAAAGCGGGGAAUCUGGCAAUGAAGAGAAUAAUUGUUAAAAGAAAAAAAGAGAGUUGUGGGGGUGAGGAGAACAAUCAUGACUGGUGGAGGCAUCCUUGGAAUGAAAGUGAGAUGGAUAGCCUAUGUAUUACUAUGGCUGACUUUGAGGAAGCAAGUACAAUGGUUCAACCAUCAUUGAGAAGGGAAGGAUUUUCUUCUGUGCCUGAUGUUACAUGGGAGGAUGUUGGAGGUCUUGAUUCAUUAAGGAAAGAAUUUAACCGGUGCAUUAUUCGUUGUAUCAAGCACCCUGAGCAAUACAAGGAUUUUGGAGUAAACAUGCAAGCUGGGUUUUUGCUGUUUGGACCUCCAGGCUGUGGGAAAACACUAAUAGCGAAAGCAGUUGCCCAUGAGGCAGGGGCUAAUUUUAUUCACAUUAAGGGGCCUGAACUAUUGAAUAAGUAUGUUGGGGAGAGUGAAUCAGACGUAAGGAAAAUAUUCACUCGUGCACGGACCAACUCCCCAUGCAUCCUAUUUUUUGACGAGAUAGAUGCCCUGACAACAAAAAGAGGGAAAGAAGGAGGGUGGGUUGUUGAACGCCUCCUAAACCAGUUACUUAUUGAACUUGAUGGUGCUGAUCAACGUCAUGGUGUUUUUGUUAUUGGAGCGACAAACAGAAUUGAUGUUAUAGACGAGGCUGUUCUAAGGCCUGGUAGAUUUGGGAAGAAACAUUUUGUCCCUUUACCUGGUGCUAACGAGCGGGCUGCAAUAUUGAAAGCACAUGCUAGUAAGAAACCUGUCUCUGAAGAUGUUGAUUUGGGCGCACUUGCACGUCGAGAGGAGUGCAAUAAUCUCACUGGUGCUGACCUUGCAUCACUGGUGAACGAAGCAGCCAUGGCAGCCUUGGAAGAGAGGAUCGAAUUCCUGGAUAAUGGGACGUCAUCAAUGAGUUCGUCGGCGCUGAUUGAACUCUCGCACUUUGAACAUGCUCUAUCUAAAGUAAAACCAUCAGUUUCAGAGCAGCAAAGGAAAUACUUCGACAUGCUGUCCAAGAAGUAUUCCGCCGACUGAUCCGUUGCCGUCCAUCUUGGUGUGCUUACGAAGACCACACUGCAGUUUUCUUUGCUCAUACUGCAAGUCUUAUUUUUGUACACGAGGGACGACACUGUCCAUGGAGGUAACACUGCAGGGCAUGCAACACCAGCUUCCUGCUUUUGUUGCACUCGUGUUUUCUUCUGUUCUGUAUCAGCAAUUUUGAUCAACCUCUAUGUAGAUGAAUGAGUGAUACAGUUCUUCUUUUGAGUGGGCAUAAUAGUUACAUCAUCAGGUUCAAGAAAAUACAUUCUUCAUAUAUGUGGCUCAAGAAACUACAUUCUUCUUA